ACUGCCGCAAUUCUCCGCUCUCGCGACGGGAGAAAUGCGACGUUCGACCGAUCCCCGCAACCUGCUCGUGCGCAGAGGCCCUCUCCUCGUCGAUGGAGAGUCUGCGAUAUCUGAACUGGAUCCAGGUUUCUUCCCGACGGGUGAUGCGCCCAAGAUGUCGUCGACAACGCGACGCCGAUUCAACCUGAUCGCCUUCACGCCCGGGCCAGUGACGGUGAUAUCAUCGCUCGUGUACCUCGCGCUUCUCAUUCCGCUCCUGCUCGUCCAUACCAUCGUUCCCUCAGCACCAAAGUCGAAUCCGAAGGGCGUAGACCUUUCCGAAGCAUGGAACGACCUCCAGCACCUAACUAGCGGCUUUCAUCCAUAUAACAGCCACAGAAACGACGAGAUCCAUCAAUGGCUUCUCCAACGUGUCGGUCACAUUUUGGACGCGUCCCGCAAGGCGCACGAGGACGAUGCGAUGGGUAGCGUGGCUCCGGACGUGUUCGUGUUUGAUGACCAGCAAUCCAACUUGACCUUUUCGGGCGGUGGAGUUGGCAACAAACCUAUCACGGGAGUUUACUUCGAGGGCAAAAAUAUCAUCGUUUAUAUCCGGGGCCUUGAGGAUGACAAAGAGAAUUGGUGGGACUCUCCCGGUGGCAAACCAAAAGGGAAAGGAGGUGUGCUUGUCAACGCCCACUAUGACAGUGUGUCAACUGGUUUCGGCGCUACCGAUGAUGGGGUGGGAGUCGUGAGCGUUCUCCAGCUCAUCAAGUUCUUCACUUCUCCUGGGAAUCUGCCCCGAAAAGGCCUUGUUCUCCUUCUGAACAAUGGAGAAGAAGAUUAUCUUAACGGCGCCCGCGCGUAUAGCCAGCACCCGCUGUCGAAGUAUACACACACCUUUUUGAAUUUAGAGGGUGCUGGUGCAGGAGGGCGCGCUGCUUUGUUCCGAACAACGGAUAUUGAAGUUACAAGAUUCUAUAAAUCUUCUCCCCACCCAUUUGGCUCAGUACUCGCUGCAGACGGGUUUAAGAUGGGUCUUAUCCGUAGCGAGACUGAUUACGCCGUUUUUAAAGGUGUUCUAGGUCUGAGAGGCCUUGAUGUUGCGUUCAUUGAGCCUCGAGCUCGAUACCACACGGACCAGGAUGAUGUGCGGCACACAAGCAUUGACUCCGUCUGGCAUAUGCUAUCUGCGGCCAUUGCUACCACCAAAGGUCUUGUUUCUUACACUGGUAGCGAAUUCGACGGGCGAGCUCCGGGAAAAGGCAUGGUCAACAGCGGAGUGGGCACGCAUGGCGUAUGGUUUGACCUCUUCGGGUCAUCCUUUGCAGUGUUCCGCCUUCAUACCCUAUUCGCAAUCUCCGUAACCCUCCUUGUGGUCUGCCCUAUUGUCCUUUUUGUCAUAGGGAUAAUCUUGAGCAAAAUGGACAAGAUGUACUUAUUUUCGAUCCACGAAACGAUCCCUGAAACCAAGGAGAAAGUCUCCGUCCGAGGUCUUCGUGGCUUGUUCCGCUACCCCAUAAUCCUUGUCGUCUCAUCCGGAAUCCUAAUCGGGCUUUCAUACUUGUUGGCAAAAGUCAACCCCUUCAUCGUCCACAGCAGCAGCUAUGCUGUCUGGAGUAUGAUGCUAUCUUCCUGGAUAUUCAUGACUUGGUUCCUUUCCUGCAUUGCCGACUUUUUCAGACCGUCUGCAUUGCAUAGAGCUUACACGUUCACCUGGCAGCUCCUCGUUAUGUGGGUCUUGCUAGUAAUUAGCACAGUGUAUGUGAAUCAACAUGAUAUUGCUGCUGGCUAUUUUAUCGUCUUUUACUUUGCCGGGACAUUUUUGGCCACUUUGAUCUCUUAUCUCGAGCUUUUCGCGUUACCGAACAAGACCCGGUAUGCUCGUGAGCAGAGCCAGUACCCGAGCCGAUUAGGUAGCAAUCGAAGUAGCCGAAUCCUUUCUCCUUCAGCAGAUGAGCUGCCAACCGGUGGUGAUAACAAUGGCGAAAUCUACGAUGGCGAAGAAGAGCCAACUGAAUCUUCAUCUCUGCUUGGUAGACAACGCAGAACGACCUUCGCUAAUUAUACAAGGACAGGAAGGGACCUAGCUUCUAGUGAAUCCGGGACUUAUGAAGAUCACUCUGAAACUGGUGUUUUCGGCGAAGAGCAGAAAUGGAGCGCAAGCUUACCUACAUGGACAUGGGUUCUGCAGUUCCUAUUCGUCGGCCCUGUUGUUAUUAUGUUCAUCGGGCAAUUGGGUCUCUUCUUGACCUCAGCCAUGAAUCAAGUCGGCGCGGAUGGAGUUGGGCUUCUUGUGGUAUAUAUCGCCAUCGCUGUGUUUUCCGUGCUGCUUUUAAUUCCUCUUUCUCCUUUUAUUCAUCGAUUUACAUAUCAUGUUCCAACAUUUCUCCUCCUUGUCUUCAUCGCCACGCUAAUAUACAACCUCGCUGCCUUCCCUUUCUCUGCUGAAAAUCGCUUGAAAAUAUUCUUUGUCCAAGAGCUCAAUCUGGACACCGGCCGCAACCAAGUUUCUCUCACUGGCGUCGAUCCGUAUGUCCAAGACAUCAUCCGCGCGAUCCCAAGCGCCUCCAAAGAAAAUAUAUCUUGCGAUUCCGAAUUAGACUCAGGACGCAGAAAAUGCUCUUGGCCAGGCCUCGCCCCUGAAGUCGUACAAGACGAACCGACCGACAGAUGGCUAUCCUUCAACAUCUCCAAACCAUCAUCCCAGGAAACCAAAGACACACCCGUCCUCCACGCCCGCCUCCACGUCUCUGGCAAAAACACGCGCGCCUGUAGAGUUAAUUUCGAACGUCCGAUCCGAGACUACUCCCUCCCGGGCUCUGCGUUGGACGAUCGAAUGCCACAUACCCUUCCACAAGGUAUUUCGGAAAUAAGACUCUGGAGUCGCACAUGGGAGAAUGUCUGGACCGUAGAUGUUCAGUGGGAUGCAGAGGACAUGGAUGAGCUACACGGCAGGGUGGUGUGCUUAUGGAGCGAUGCCAAUCAGCUUGGAUCCAUACCAGCUCUAGACGAGCUUCGGCUAUUUGCGCCGCCGUGGGUGGCUAUUUCCAAGUUAAAGGAUGGUCUGGUGGAGGUCAGUCGUGGAUUUUGAAAGGACUUCGGAAAGAUAUCACCUUUUUGAUAGGGUUUUGGCUUAUUUCUGGCUGGGGAGGGGGCGUUGGAUACGUUUCUGCCUCUAUUCGUACCUACUUCUAGAGAUGGACACACUAAUCCUUGAGGCUAUUGUAUUUGGAUUAUAUCAUGGCUUUUCUCGCCUCAUAAUAUCUGUUAAUUAACCAGUUUUCCCAUUUAAAUGUACCGUUAAGCAACUGCCUAGCUAAGCCUGAGGAAUAA